AUGGCCAGCUUGCUAAAAGAAGUGUACGAGAAAACAAAUGAAUUUGAAGCUUUCUUUACCGGUGGUGAUAUCCAGUGGACAACAGAUGGUGGACAUUUUUUAUGUCAGUACAACAAUGUUAUUAAAGUUAUUGAUGUUAACACACAAUGCAAUACUCUGACCAUUGGAGAAUCAGUGGAAGAGAAGGAUGACAGUGACCAAAUAUAUACAUUUAAAAUGUCAAAUGACAAUCAAACUAUAAUAUCUGCACAUAAAAGUGGAUUAUUGAAACUCUGGAACCGAGAAACUGGAGGACAACUAAAAGUAUGGAGAUCUGGUCACAAAGGUGUAGUUGCAAAGUUAGCUUUUGAUUCUACUGAUAACAACGUAGCAUCUGGUGGGACUGACGGAAACAUUAGACUUUGGGAUAUUAAUCACCACACAUGUACCAGUAGUUUAAAAGGUGCAAUGGGAGUAUUUACUGUUCUUAAAUAUCAUCCAGAUCUUUCUAAACAACUUAUUUUUGGGGCUGCUGAUGAUACAAAAAUAAGAUCGUGGAAUUCUAAAACUGGUAAAGAUUCUGUGAUAUAUUCCGGUCAUUUUAGUAAAGUUACUUCAUUGCUAUUUACUGCUGAUAAUGAAUACAUGGUUAGUUCGGGAAGGGAUAGAGUUUUGAUACUUUGGAAACUUGGUGAAAGUAAAGCUCUUAGAGUUGUACCUGUUUAUGAAAGUAUAGAAACUACGAUUCUUAUGCCACCAUCUUUCAAAAUACCAAACUUUAAAAAGAAAGUAGAGACUGAAGGUAUAUAUGUCGCAUGUGCUGGUGAAAAAGGUAUUGUCAAAAUAUGGAACAUACAAACGAGUCGUCUUAUGUUUGAACAAUCAAAUAGUCUUGUAUCUGAAGCUGCUGAAGACGGUGGACUGGCAAUCACACAUUUACUCUUCAAUGAAGCUCGAAAUAUGGUAUCAGUUGUUACCGUUGACCAUAACAUUAUAAUUCAUGAUUUGGAAACAUUCACAUGUAUGAAACAAAUGAUUGGAUUCACAGAUGAAAUAUUAGAUAUAGUAUUUCUCGGUAAAGAUGAAUCACAUAUUGUUGUUGCUACAAAUAGUAGAGAUUUAAAAUAUUACGAACUAGGAAGUAUGGACUGCAAGUUAUUGAAAGGUCAUACUGAUAUUGUUUUAGCUUUAGCAACGUUUCCUACAAGGCCUGAUCUUUUUAUAUCUUCUGGUAAAGAUAAUACUGUUAGAAUAUGGGUUCAAGGCAGUGACAAUGAAAUUAAAUGUUUCGGUGUUGGAACAAGGCAUACUGCUUCUGUAGGCUCUGUUUUCACUUCGCAAACAUCUCAUGCGUUUUUUACUUCUGUGAGUCAAGAUAGUUGUCUAAAAAUCUGGAGUGUUCCUAAAGAAAUGGAUGCUCCUGAUCAAAAAAUUGUAUCAAGUCAUACUGAACUGGCUCAUAAUAUGGAUAUCAACUGUGUUGCUGUGUCACCCAACGACAAAAUAAUAGCAACUGGGUCACAAGACAAAACAGCUAAGCUUUGGAGUGAAGAAUUAUCAUUAUUAGGAGUGCUUAAAGGUCACAGAAGGGGUAUAUGGUGUGUAAGAUUUUCACCUGUAGAUCAAGUAGUUUUAACAUCUUCAGCUGAUAGCACUUUAAAGUUGUGGUCAAUUGCAGACUUAAGUUGCCUAAAAACUUUUGAAGGCCAUGAAAGCUCUGUUCUAAAAAUUGAGUUUCUUAGUAAAGGUCAACAGAUUAUAUCAAGUGGAGCAGAUGGUCUUCUUAAGCUUUGGAAUAUAAAAACUUCUGAAUGUAAAAUGUCUCUUGAUAACCAUGAUGGAAAGAUCUGGUCUAUGACUGUUAGUAAAAAUGAGUCUCUAAUAAUAACAGGUGGGUCGGACUCCAAAAUGGUGACCUUAAAAGAUGUGUCUGCAGAGAGACGAGAAAAAUUGGCUAAAGAGCGAGAAGAAUUAAUUUUACAAGAACAAGAAUUGAUGAAUUUAUUACAUGAUAAGAAACUAGUCAAAGCUUUAAGACUAGCAUUACGCAUGGAAAGACCUUUACAUGUAUUGAAAAUUAUUAAUGAAGUUUUAAAAGUUGGACAUGAAAAGUUAUCUGAGACCUUGAAAGAAAUAAAUCAUACACAAAAAGAGACAUUAUUAAAAUUUGCAGCAGAAUGGAAUACAAAUAAUAAAAACUGCCAUGCAGCUCAGCUUGUGUUUCAUAUAUUAGCACCAGAAAUUAUUUCAGGCAAUUUAAUAGUACCAUCAUUAUCAAGUUUCGUUGAAGGUGCCUUGCCUUAUACUGAAAGACAUUUUGAAAGAUUGACAAAUUUGUUACAAGAUCUUAAUUUUAUUUCUUAUACUGUAAAUAGUAUGCAACCACAUCCUGUAAAAAAUAUGGAUCAAGAUUAAUUCUUAAAAUUAUUUAACUGAAUCAUAA